AUGCCGGUGAAGAACGUCCAGGCGCUGGCCGCGAACGCGGCGGAGCUGACGGAGGAGGCCAUCAAGCGGUACAUCAGGCCGGCGAGGGCCGACGAUGUGGCCGUUGCUGCUCACGGCGAUGAUAGCAGCCAGAGCAUUCCUGUGAUCGACCUUGAGGGGGUUCGAUAUAUAUGGACAUGGACAUGCAACAGAAUCGAAUGGCCAAUAAAGCAAGAGAUACUCUCAGCUAUAUACUGCACGACAGAAAUACUGCAGUUUUUCUCCAAGGAGCCAAUUACAUAUAAUACAUACAAUUUACAGGUGAAAAAUCAUGGAAUUCCUGACACAGUUCUUGAAAACAUGAGGAACAACCUCGAGCACUUCUUCAGGCUUCGCCUUGAUGAGAAGAACAGAUUUGGCCGGUUGCCUGGAGACCUCCAAGGCUAUGGCCAAGCAUUUGUUGAGUCCGAACAUCAAACGCUCGACUGGUGUGACAGGCUUUACCUAGUGACCCAGCCACCUCACGAUCGCGAAAUGAGACCAUGCCCUACAACUCCUGUCAGCUUCAGGGAAUCCAUUGAGUCGUACUCCUCUGAGCUGAUGAGGGUGGCUGGCUCGCUCAUGGCAAUCAUCGCUAGAAACCUAGGCGUUGAUCUCCUCAGAGAUACGUAUGUGAGUCAGGCAUUGAGGAUGACCUACUACCCUGCAUGCCCCAUGGCUCAUGAUAAGGUUUUGGGGAUUUCACCACAUUCCGACAUUUCUAUGCUAACGCUGGUAUGGGAGCUGAAUAUGGUGGGAGGGCUCCAGAUCAAGAGACAAGAUGCAUGGGUGCCGGUAAAACCCCACCCCAAGGCAUUGGUGGUGAAUGUUGGUGACUUUCUUGAGAUAUUGACAAACGGAAAGUACCAAAGCAUUGAGCACAGGGUCACCGUUAAUCCUCGCAAGGAGAGGAUGUCCAUUUCUGCUUUUCACCUCCCAAAGUUUGAUAUGAGCGUGGGCCCACUAUCUGAAAUAGUUGGAGCCGAGCUCAAGAAAUACAAGACCCUGAGGGUGGACGAGGUAGCUAAGGUUGUUUUCUCGAUCAGACUUGACGGGAAGAAAACCAAGGACUAUGCCAUGCUUAGCGUCUGA